AUGCGAGCUACAGUGUCUGCCAUGGAGAAGGCUCGUAUUGAAUACCGAGCUGCAUUAAGUUGGAUGAAAUCUGCAAGUGCACAGUUGGAUCCUGACACAGGCCGAGGGUUGGAUAACUUCCGUAAAGCCCAACGUCAAGUUCGAGAAAGCAAGAAAAUAUUUGACAAACUUACUUUGGAUGUCUUACAAAAGAUUGACUUACUUGCUGCAGCAAGAUGUAAUAUGUUUUCUCAUGUCUUGUCAACCUAUCAGAAUUCAUUUUCAAACUUCUCUACAAAAGCAGCUCAGACUUUUCUUGCUACUAUAGACACUAUGAGUACUGCCCCACAGUAUGAAUUUUGUAUUUUGAAGAGUUUGCAAGAAGGGGAAGAUGUAAACCAAGAAAUUUCUAAAGAUAAAGACCAAAUGUUAUUUUUUCAGGAUGAUUAUAAGGAUGAAGUACCAGAUGUUGAAAAAGAUAAUACAAAGAAUAAAACAGGAAAUGAUACAACAUCCAUUGAAGCUAAAGGAGAGCCACCCACAUCAGAGGAACUUAUUAAUACAAGCAUUUUCGAGCAGCACCCAGGAUGUUCUGAAAUUCAGAACAUCACAUCUGACUUGGCUGGCAUUCGCCUGGAUUGUGAUGACUUACCAGCCAAUUUUGGAUCUUUCAUGCCUUCUCAGCUGUUACAGGUAGCUCCGACCACAACCUUUUUUGAUGGAGGAAUCCGCGCC